CACCUCCUCUUCCCUAGUACCUUCCCUCCCUGCCUAGCCCCUCCCUCCCUGCCUCAGGCAUCAGAGCAGAGGCUCAGGGAGCUGAGCCCGGCUUGCCAGCACUCAGCUAAAGGACCCACCAUGGCAUCCGCUAGGCCCUUUCUCAUGCUGGCCCUGCUGGCAUGGGUUGUUCUGGCCGAUCAAGACUCAUGCAAAGGCCGCUGCACUGAAGGCUUCAACGCCGACAGGAAGUGUCAGUGUGAUGAGCUCUGCUCUUACUACCAGAGCUGCUGCGCGGACUACAUGGCCGAGUGCAAGCACCAAGUGACUCGUGGGGAUGUGUUCACCCUGCCAGAAGAUGAAUAUAGGGAUUAUGACUACCCCAUAGAAGAGACCAAAGAGAACAGCAGCUUGCACACACAGCCGGAGGCCGCGUCCCUGGGCCCUGAGGUGCAGGCUCAGACUGAGUGGUACACUGUACAGCCAAGUCUUCUGAACCCCAGGGAAGACAUCUCUAAGCCUGAGGUGAACCUGAAGCCUGAGACCCUUGAUCCAGAGACCUCAGAGUCCCCAGCAGAGGAAGUGUGCAGUGGGAAGCCCUUUGAUGCCUUCACCGACCUCAAGAAUGGUUCCCUGUUUGCCUUCCGAGGGAAGUACUGCUAUGAGCUAGAUGAAACGGCAGUGAGACCUGGGUAUCCCAAGCUCAUCCGAGAUGUCUGGGGCAUCGAGGGCCCUAUUGAUGCUGCCUUCACUCGCAUCAACUGCCAGGGGAAGACCUACCUCUUCAAGGGUAGUCAGUACUGGCGCUUUGAUGAUGGUGUCCUGGACCCUGAUUACCCCCGAAAUAUCUCUGAAGGCUUCAACGGCAUCCCGGACAACAUAGACGCAGCCUUGGCCCUCCCUGCCCAUAGCUACAGUGGCCGGGAGCGAGUCUACUUCUUCAAGGGGAAGCAAUACUGGGAGUACCAGUUCCAGCAGCAGCCCAGUCAGGAGGAAUGUGAAGGCGGCUCCCUGUCGGCUGUGUUUGAGCACUUUGCCCUGCUGCAGCGGGACAGCUGGGAGAGCAUCUUUGAGUUUCUCUUCUGGGGAAGACACUUUGGUGGUACCGGAGAGCCACAGUUCAUCAGCCAGGACUGGCAUGGUGUGCCGGGAAAAGUGGAUGCAGCCAUGGCUGGCCGCAUCUACAUCUCAGGCGCGGCACCCCGCUCCUCCUGGGCCAAGAAACAAAAGUCUAGGCGUCGCAGCCGCAAACGCUACCGUUCACGUGGUAGCCGCGGCCGCAGCCAGAACUCUCGCCGGUCAUCCCGUUCAACCUUCCUGUCCUCCUUGUUCUCCAGUGAGGAGAGUGGGCUGGGCGCCUACAACUAUGCUGACUACGGGAUGGACUGGCUAGUACCUGCCACCUGUGAGCCUGUCCAGAGUGUCUUCUUCUUCUCUGGAGACAAAUACUACCGUGUCAACCUUCGCACACGGCGAGUGGACACUGUGAACCCUCCCUAUCCACGGUCCAUUGCCCAGUACUGGCUGGGCUGCCCAACUCCCAGCCAGGAGUAGGAGUCAGAAUCUACCUAGCUGGGCCCUCUAUAGCUUCUCCUCUAACCUCCUCCUCCCAGCCCAAUAAAGGUCCCUUGACUCAGA